AUGGCGGUGCCGGCUCGGACCUGCGGCGUCUGCCGGCCUGGCCCCGCGCGGACCGCGCUGCCCUGGCCCCGCCGCGGCCCCCGGCCCGGCCCCGGCGCCCCGCGCCCAGUGUUGCUGCUCUUGCCGCCGCUGCUGCUGCUCCCGCUGCUCGCCGCCCCCGGCGCCUCAGCCUACAGCUUCCCCCAGCAGCACACGAUGCAGCACUGGGCACGGCGCCUGGAGCAGGAGAUCGACGGCGUGAUGCGGAUCUUUGGGGGCGUCCAGCAGCUCCGGGAGAUCUACAAGGACAACCGGAAUCUGUUUGAGGUGCAGGAGAAUGAGCCUCAGAAGCUGGUGGAGAAGGUGGCCGGGGAUAUUGAGAGCCUGCUGGACAGGAAGGUGCAGGCCCUGAAGAGGUUGGCCGACGCUGCCGAGAACUUCCAGAAAGCCCACCGCUGGCAGGACAACAUCAAGGAAGAAGACAUCGUGUACUAUGAUGCCAAGGCUGACGCUGAGCUGGAUGACCCCGAGAGUGAGGAUAUGGAAAGGGGGUCCAAGAUCAGCACCCUGAAGCUGGACUUCGUGGAGGACUCAAACUUCAAGAACAAGGUCAACUAUUCGUACACGGCAGUGCAGAUCCCCACGGAUAUCUACAAAGGCUCCACUGUCAUCCUCAAUGAGCUCAACUGGACGGAGGCCCUGGAGAAUGUGUUCACCGAGAACCGCAGGCAGGACCCCACGCUGCUGUGGCAGGUCUUCGGCAGUGCCACGGGAGUCACUCGCUACUACCCAGCCACCCCAUGGCGAGCCCCCAAGAAAAUUGACCUGUACGACGUCCGAAGGAGACCCUGGUAUAUCCAAGGGGCCUCAUCACCCAAGGAUAUGGUCAUCAUCGUGGAUGUGAGCGGCAGCGUCAGUGGCCUGACCCUGAAGCUGAUGAAGACGUCCGUCUGUGAGAUGCUGGACACGCUGUCCGACGACGACUACGUGAACGUCGCCUCGUUCAACGAGAAGGCACAGCCCGUGUCGUGCUUCACACACCUGGUGCAAGCCAACGUGCGUAACAAGAAGGUGUUCAAGGAAGCCGUGCAGGGCAUGGUGGCCAAGGGCACCACAGGCUACAAGGCCGGCUUUGAGUACGCCUUCGACCAGCUGCAGAACUCCAACAUCACCCGUGCCAACUGCAACAAGAUGAUCAUGAUGUUCACGGACGGGGGCGAGGACCGGGUGCAGGACGUCUUUGAGAAGUACAAUUGGCCCAACCGCACGGUGCGAGUGUUCACUUUCUCCGUGGGGCAGCACAACUAUGAUGUCACACCCCUGCAGUGGAUGGCCUGCGCCAACAAAGGUUACUAUUUUGAGAUCCCUUCUAUCGGUGCCAUCCGCAUCAACACACAGGAAUAUCUAGACGUACUGGGCAGGCCCAUGGUGCUGGCAGGCAAGGAGGCCAAGCAGGUGCAAUGGACCAACGUGUAUGAGGAUGCACUGGGGCUAGGGUUGGUGGUGACAGGGACCCUCCCAGUGUUCAACCUGACACAGGAUGGCCCUGGGGAAAAGAAGAACCAGCUGAUCCUGGGUGUGAUGGGUAUCGAUGUGGCUCUGAACGAUAUCAAGAGACUGACUCCCAACUACACGCUUGGAGCCAACGGCUACGUGUUUGCUAUCGACUUGAACGGCUAUGUGUUGCUGCACCCCAACCUCAAGCCCCAGACCACCAACUUCCGGGAACCUGUGACUCUGGACUUCCUGGAUGCAGAGCUGGAGGACGGAAAUAAGGAGGAGAUCCGUCGGAGCAUGAUUGAUGGCAACAAGGGCCACAAGCAGAUCAGAACAUUGGUCAAGUCCCUGGAUGAGAGGUACGUAGAUGAAGUGAUGCGGAACUACACCUGGGUGCCUAUAAGGAGCACCAACUACAGCCUAGGGCUCGUGCUCCCUCCCUACAGCACCUUCUACCUCCAAGCCAAUCUCAGCGACCAGAUCCUGCAGGUCAAGUAUUUUGAGUUCCUGCUCCCCAGCAGCUUUGAGUCUGAAGGACAUGUUUUCCUUGCUCCCAGAGAGUAUUGCAAGGACCUGAAUGCUUCAGACAACAACACCGAGUUCCUGAAAAACUUCAUUGAGCUUAUGGAGAAAGUGACUCCAGAUUCCAAGCAGUGCAACAACUUCCUUCUGCACAACCUCAUCUUGGACACGGGCAUCACACAGCAGCUGGUGGAGCGUGUGUGGCGGGACCAGGAUCUUAACACGUAUAGCCUUCUGGCCGUGUUCGCUGCCACUGACGGUGGCAUCACGCGGGUAUUCCCCAACAAGGCAGCGGAAGACUGGACAGAGAACCCUGAGCCCUUCAAUGCCAGUUUCUACCGUCGCAGCCUGGACAACCGCGGUUAUGUCUUCAAGCCCCCACAUCAGGAUGCCCUGGUAAGGCCUCUGGAGCUGGAGAAUGACACGGUGGGCAUCCUUGUCAGCACAGCUGUGGAGUUCAGCCUGGGUGGACGCACGCUGCGACCAGCAGUGGUGGGUGUUAAGUUGGAUCUAGAGGCCUGGGCUGAGAAGUUCAAGGUGCUAGCCAGCAACCGUACCCACCAGGACCAGCCUCAGAAGUGCGGCCCCAGCAGCCACUGCGAGAUGGACUGCGAGGUUAACAAUGAGGACCUGCUCUGUGUUCUCAUUGAUGACGGGGGAUUCCUGGUGCUGUCAAACCAGAACCAUCAGUGGGACCAGGUGGGCAGGUUCUUCAGUGAGGUGGAUGCCAACCUGAUGCUGGCGCUCUACAAUAACUCUUUCUACACCCGCAAGGAGUCCUAUGACUAUCAGGCAGCCUGUGCUCCCCAGCCCCCCGGCAACCUGGGUGCUGCACCCCGGGGUGUCUUUGUGCCCACCGUUGCAGACUUCCUGAACCUGGCCUGGUGGACCUCAGCUGCGGCCUGGUCCUUGUUCCAGCAGCUUCUCUAUGGCCUCAUCUACCACAGCUGGUUCCAGGCAGAUCCCGCAGAGGCCGAGGGCAACCCCGAGGCGCGUGAAAGUAGCUGCGUGAUGAAACAGACCCAGUACUACUUCGGGCCGGUGAACACCUCCUACAACGCCAUCAUCGACUGUGGAAACUGCUCCAGGCUGUUCCAUGCGCAGAGACUGACCAACACCAACCUUCUCUUCGUGGUGGCGGAGAAGCCACUGUGCAGCCAGUGUGAGGCUGGCCGGCUGCUACAGAAGGAGACGCACUCGGACGGCCCGGAGCAGUGCGAACUGGUGCAGAGACCGCGGUACCGGAGAGGCCCGCACAUCUGCUUUGAUUACAACGCAACGGAAGAUACCUCAGACUGCGGCCGCGGAGCCUCCUUCCCACCGUCGCUGGGCGUCCUGGUCUCCCUGCAGCUGCUGCUCCUCCUGGGCCUGCCUCCCGGGCCGCAGGCUCAUCAAGUCCACGCCCACACCUCGCGCCGUCUCUGAGCACCCCCAACCCCCUACCCAGGCCUCCCGCCAUUCCCCGCUCCCUGCCCCACACUCCACACCUUAGAUCCUCACCCCCUUUCUCACUGAAGGACCUGAACGCACCAGGCCCCUAGAGUCUUAGCCUUGGAGUGGGAGGCCAGGGGUGUCCCACAAGAGGGCGCCCCAGGUCUUUGGCCCCCAAGCCACAUCUGCUGCUGAACUGUCAGUGUCUCUAGACCCCUCAUUCCCACUGGACUUACCCACCCCCAGGGUUGGGACAGGGAAGCCACAGUAUUGGUGCCAAACCAGGCCCCACUGCCGGCCCUGCCCGGAGGAUCCCUAUGUGAGGGAAAACUAGGCCCUGCCCCAGCUGGACUCCUCUGACCUGGCCCUCUGCCCCACCUAGGACCAAAUCUGGAUUCCCUGGGAAUAACGGAGGAAGCUGCGAUGGGCAGUUUGAGCUCUAUACAUCCCAGCUUAAGUCCUGGCAGGAGAGAGGCCUUAGGGCAGCCCCCAGUGGUCUCCUGCUCCUCUCGGCUAUAUCCUCUUCCUCCUCCACCCAAGCCCUGCAGGUGUCAAAGCAGUGACAGUGAAACUGGCUGACACAACCCCUCAUACACCUGGAGCCCUGAGGGCAAAAGCGACUCACAUUAGACAUAUCCCAGAGGAC